GCAGCCGCCAACCAUGGCUCCCCAACCCUUUCCCCCCACCAUUGGCCCCGUCAAACGCCGCUACCGCCCGCUUCGCUGCCUCGCCUUCCUCCUCAUCUCCCUCAUCAUCUUCUUCGGCCUCGUCAUCCUCAUCUUCUACCUCUCUGUCCGCCCCACCACUAUCUCCUACUCCGUCGACGACGCCCACAUCCGCAACUACAACCUCUCCUCCGGCGAACUCAACGCCACCUUCGACUUCACACUCCUCGCCCCCGCACCCAUCUACUACGACUCCGUCGCCGUUGCCGUCUGGUACGACGACCAAAUGCUAGCUUUUCGUGAACUGCCACCGUUCUACCAGCCAAAGCGGAACGCGACGCGGCUUGUGCUUGCGUUGUCGGCGACGGCGGCACCUCUGUUGGGGCCGGUGGCGGAGGGGCUGAAGCAUGACAGGUCGGCAGGAGAGGUGGCGUUGGAGGUGAGGGUGAGGGCGCUGAUAAGGUUUAAGGUUGGGGCGGCGAAGACGAAGCAUUAUGUCAUGAGAGUGUACUGUGCGCCGGUGGUGGUGAGAUUCUCGCCGGCGGAGGGUUUCCAGAGGUCGUUUUGCGAUGUGGAUGUGUGAUUAGUUUGCAUUUUAGUAAAGACUUUUAAUUCAUGUUGGAAUUUGGGUGUCAUUAGGUAAAAUCAUAAAUGCAAGGUUUCCUUUCUUCUUUUUUUCAUAUUUAUGUGUGAAGGAUGCACGCAGCUCUUCGUGCGUAAUCUCCUCUCAAUAACUCAUCAAUAACCUCUGCGAAGGCUAUUGGGAGGUUAUUGCAGAGUUAUUUCGGCAUUAUUUGAAGUCAAUACCAUAACACUAGAGAAAAUGUGAAAGUUUAACCGCAGAAUCUGAAAGUGUAACCACGGAGGGUAUUGACUCCAAAUAAUGCCGAAAUAACUCCGCAAUAAUCCCGCCGAUAAUCUUCACAGGGGUUAUUGAGCGGUAAUUCGGAGGGGAUUAAGCACGGAGAGCUGUGUGCGUUUUUCGUACGUAAAAUUUUUUUCGUAAU